UGAAAUAGAUAGUGUCAAAAUUUUCACACCAACGCAACAAUCAACAAAUCCUCCUCAUCUUCCAUUCUCUCUUUCUCUCUCUCUGUCUCUGUGCGCAGUUUCCGUUACGUUAUUGGAUGUAGCGCGCAGGCUCUAAGUCCAAGUCUUCUACCCUUCUCCCUUUCCUGAACAACAAUAAUGACACCACCCUCACGUGACCAAUUUCCGUUACUCUCUUCCCUUCUCACCUUCUUCCUUAUUUUCAACAUUACCAACUCCCUGCUUCACGAUCAAGAACACCAACUCCUCCUGAGGAUAAAACAGUACUUUCACAACCCACCUUCACUCUCUCACUGGACCCCCUCCUCCUCCUCCUCCUCCUCUCACUGUUCUUGGCCUGAGAUCACCUGCAACAACGACGGUUCCGUCACCGGAAUAACCCUAUCCAACGCCAAUCUCAACCAAACAAUACCUUCUUUCUUGUGUGACCUCAAGAACCUGACACGUGUCGAUUUCAGCCAGAACUUUAUUCCCGGCGAUUUUCCGAUCACUCUCUACAACUGCUCUCAACUUCAAUACCUUGAUUUGCACAUGAACAACUUCGUCGGAGAAGUUCCCGAUGACAUUGACACGCUGUCAAAUUUGCAGUACCUGAAUCUCGCUUCGACGAACUUCGCCGGCGACGUUCCGGCGGCAAUCGGAAAAUUGAAGGAGCUCAGAGUGCUUCGCCUUCAGUACUGUCUUUUUAACGGAACUUUGCCUGAUGAGAUUGGAGAUUUGUCCAAUCUUGAAUUCUUGGAUUUGUCAACAAACACCAUGCUUCCUUCUACAACGCUGCCACCAAGCUGGACCAGGUUGAAGAAACUGAAGAUUUUUUAUGUGUUUGCAUGCAACCUGGUUGGUGAAAUUCCUGAAACAAUUGGAGAAAUGGUGGCUUUGGAGGAGCUUGAUUUGUCGCAGAACAAGUUAACUGGACAAAUUCCAAGUGGUUUGUUCAAGCCGAAGAAUCUGAGCAUUGUUUACCUUUCGAGAAACAAGCUCUCUGGAACGAUACCUGAUGUGAUUGAAGCAUCAAACUUGACCAUCAUUGAUCUAACAAAUAAUAACCUUACAGGGAAGAUACCGAAUGAUUUCCGAAAGCUCGGAAACUUAAAGGGACUGAAAUUGUCUUUGAAUAGCUUGUCAGGGGAGCUACCUCAAAGCUUAGGCCAUCUGCCAGCUCUGAUCGAUUUUCGUGUCUUCAGCAACAAGUUAUCAGGUACUCUUCCCUCUGACUUUGGCCGCUACUCAAAGCUUGAAAUCUUUCUUGCUGGAGACAAUGAUUUCACUGGAAAUCUGCCAGAGGACUUGUGUUAUUAUGGUGUGUUGCAUAAUUUAACUGUCUAUGAAAAUAAUCUGAACGGGGAGUUGCCAGAGUCACUAGGAAAUUGCAGAACCCUGCAGGAGCUGAAAAUUCAGAAGAAUGGAUUUUCUGGUAGCAUUCCUAGUGGCCUAUGGACAUCUUUCAAUUUGUCUAAUUUCAUUGUGGCGCAUAAUAAGUUUAGUGGUGAGCUUCCUGAAAGAUUGUCUGCGAAUAUUUCGCGCUUUGAUAUCGGUGACAAUCAGUUUUCCGGUAGAAUUCCGGCCGGCGUGUCUUCCUGGACCAAUGUGGAAUACUUUGAUGCCAGCAAGAACAACCUUACUGGAAGUAUGCCACCUGGGAUCACUGCUCUUCCCAAGCUGCUAUACCUCGAUCUUCAUCAGAACCAGCUCACUGGGCCACUUCCAUCAGAUAUAUUAUCAUGGAAGUCCCUAGAAAUUCUAGUUUUGAGCCAAAACAAACUCUCAGGACAAAUUCCAGUCUCGAUUGGCCGGUUACCAGCUCUUAAUAUGCUUGACCUCUCAGAAAAUCAAUUCUCUGGCCAAAUUCCCUCUCUACCUUCAACACUCAGCAAUUUCAAUCUGUCCUCCAAUCACUUGACUGGGAGGAUUCCGAGUGAAUUCGAAAAUUCUGCAUAUGCUAGCUGCUUUUUGGACAACUCCGGCCUCUGUGCUGCUACUCGAGUACUUAACCUUGCUUUGUGUAAUUCUAGCCCUCAAAGGCAAACCAAAGGCUUAUCUUGGUCUCUUGGUUUGAUUAUAAGCCUGGUGGUUAUAGCCAUUUUCCUGGCUUCAUUAGCUGCAUUCUUGAUUACCAGACUUUACAGCAAAAGAAAGCGUGGAUUGGACAAUUCAUGGAAGCUCAUUUCCUUUCAAAGGCUGAGUUUCAGAGAAUCAAGCAUAGUAUCAUCAUUGACAGAGAAUAAUAUCAUUGGCAGUGGUGGAUACGGUACAGUGUACCGUGUGCCUGUUGAUGGAUUUGGCUAUGUUGCAGUGAAAAAGAUUUGGAAUAACAGAAAGUUAAACCACAGGCUUGAGAGCUCAUUUCACGCAGAAGUUAAGAUAUUGAGCAAUAUUCGUCAUGGCAACAUUGUGAAGUUGUUGUGCUGUAUCUUCAAUGAGGAUUCUAUGCUCCUUGUCUACGAGUACCUAGAGAAUCAUAGCCUAGAUAAGUGGCUGCACAAGAAGAGCAAGUCAUCAUCCAUGUCUGGUAAAGUCAAUCAUUUUUUUCUUGAUUGGCCAAAGAGAUUGCAAAUUGCCAUUGGUAUUGCCCAAGGCCUAACAUACAUGCACCAUGAUUGCUCGCCGCCUGUGGUUCAUAGAGAUGUGAAAACAAGCAACAUACUUUUGGAUUCUCAAUUCGAUGCAAAAGUUGCAGAUUUUGGUCUUGCAAAGAUGAUGAUCAAGCCCCUUACCACCAUGACAAGUGUUGUUGGCUCAUUUGGAUAUAUUGCUCCAGAAUAUGUUCAAACAACAAAAGUGAGCGAAAAGAUCGAUGUCUUCAGCUUUGGGGUUAUACUAUUGGAGUUAACAACUGGAAAAGAAGCUAAUUAUGGAGAUGAGCACUCAUCUCUUUCAGAGUGGGCAUGGCGCCACGUUCAGUUAGGAACCAAUGUAGACGAACUGCUGGACACUGAUGUCUUGGAGGCUAGUUACAGUGAUGAAAUGUGCAGUGUUUUUAAACUUGGGGUCAUGUGUACUUCACCAUUGCCUGCUGGUAGGCCUCAAAUGAAGGAGGCUUUGCAACUGUUGCAUCGAUUCGGUGAAGGAUAUGAAUUUGGAGAGAGGAAUAUUGGGAAAGAUGAAAUUAUUCCCCUUAUUAAGAAUUCAAAAAUGGAAACAAGGCUGGAUAUUGACAAUGAUAGUGACUAAUGAACUUGGUUUCCAAGGAGACGGGCCCUGGGAAUCCAUCAUUGACAUAAGAAAUAGGUAAAGCAACUCAACCAUGGUUGAGUAGAGGGAAGAAAGCAGAAUCCAGCAUUGUACAGAAGAUUGUUUUGAGGUAGUGUUGUGUGGUUCAUCUUUUUACAGUAAUGUGUAACAUAAUGAUAGAGGUAGACUUCAAAUCAUGUUUGCUUAUCUAAAUUAGAGAAAUUUUUAUUAGGUGCUGUAACUAGUGUACACAUAUAGGUGGAGCUUCAAUAAUAUGUUUCCUUCUUCCACAGAAAAUAAAACUACCAAUGUAUUAUAUUGUGACAAGUUACAAUAGCUAUCAAUUGAGAAAAUUUUGGAUCCUAGUCACCUAAAUCGAACAGUACUGUGAAAAAUGGUGCAGGAGCUUUCUCGAAUAGUGCAGUGAUCUUUAUAUGCAAGAUGGCUGAGAGUGAUGUUUAUUUCGUUGGAAAUAAGACAUGAUCUCAUAUUACUUUCAUUCAAGUGAGAGUUACAACACUAACAUGUUAUCUGUGGGGAAAAAUUCCCAUUUAUGUUUU